UUAGCGCUAACUGCUAGCCUUGGAUGCAUGCCUGAUCUAACAGUCGGACAAGUAUUGUUUAUAUUAGAGGUGUCUUUUUGAUUCAAAGUCUUUUUUCUUCUAAAUAAUAACAUGAUAGACUAAAUCGUAUUCUAUAAUAUAAAUAUUAAAUUGUAUGUUAUAUAUGUUGGUGUAAAAUUAUUUAUUAAGUCAUUAAUUAAGCAAAUAAAUACUUUAAAUGCUUAUUAAAUACUCGUGUGCAGUUGGUAAAUCGAUAUAACACAUGUACGGUGAACUCGUUCAUUGAGUGUAUUCGUUCAAUACGAUUAAAAAGUGAGUUUACAUUUCUCAUACGAUAGAUGCAUGGAUACAAUUCAAAACUUGACUCCAGAAAGAUUAAAGUAUGAAAAAUAGAUCUGUUAUAUUUUUUGUAUCCGAGUGUUACAAACAACAAUUGGUUUAAUACAUUUUAUGCAAUAACAGAACAAGUAUACAACAUUGACAUCGAUAAACGAUUACUUGUUAAAGGGAGAGAUUGAAAAUUGAUUUUCAUGAGUUGGAGAAAUUAAUGGCCACAAAUCAGCGAUGAUAAAUUGAAUCGAAGUUUCUGUAGUAAUUACCUUAAUUAAAACGUGGAAUUUCUUUCGUUCGACGUGUUCACAAGUAACGUGUAACAAAUUUCGAUUUAUCAAUUGGCAAAACGCUUUCGACUGAACGCUUUUUUACGUACAUUGGACCCGUUCGAGUGAUCCAGAAUGGAUUUCAUAUCAAUAAUUCUUCCACCAAAAGAAGAUUGUAGAAAGAUUAUCAAUUGAGAAAUUAUUAUAAAAGUAUUAUUAUAAACUAGAAGAAUGUUUUACUCCAUUAUACGUUUGUUCCAUAACGCCUGAGAUUGAUGGAUAGAUGGAAGUAACAAUGAAAAGAAAGAAAUUACUAUUGCUACGACAAGCUUACUUUCGUUACGAAACUGGUAAAUAGUAAAUAAAAAAAGGAUGACAGUCUCGUACCAGUAUCAAGUGGCAAACUCUACCAGAGGUGGAUUCACCAGGCUUCUUUUUAUGUGGAGAGGAUCACUGUAUAAGCUCAUCUAUAGAGAAUUACUCUUAUUCCUGAUACUCUUUGCAGCAAUCUCCACUGUUUACCGUCAUAUACUCAGUAUCAAACUGAAAAGAGAAUUCGAAAAGAUUGUCAUUUAUUGCGAUAAUUUUAUUAAUCUAAUUCCAUUAAGUUUCGUUCUUGGAUUCUACGUGUCUUACGUUGCUCAAAGAUGGUGGCAACAAUAUCAAGCGAUACCUUGGCCUGAUAAGGUAAUGCAUUUAAUUGCUUUGUACGUUAAUGGAAACGAUGAAUACGCUCGUACGCUUCGAAGGGCUCUGAUGCGCUACUUGAAUCUUUCCCUAAUACUUGUUUUACGUUCGAUCAGUUCGGCAGUGAAAAAACGAUUCCCAACGCUCGAUCACGUCGUUGAUUCUGGUUUUAUGACAGCGUUUGAAUUGGAUUUAUUUUUGGCAGUACCAAGCUUAGAAUUCAACACUUAUUGGAUCCCUUGCACGUGGUUUAUCAACCUCUUAAAAGAAGCGCGUCAUAAUCACAGAAUUCCCGAUCCUCAGGGAUUAAAAUUAAUUAUGGAGGAAUUCAGCGAAUUUCGUACAAAAUGUGGCCUUUUAUGGAGCUACGAUUGGAUAUCAAUUCCAUUAGUUUACACGCAAGUAGUGACAUUAGCGACAUACAGUUUCUUUGCCGUGGCUUUAAUAGCUCGUCAGUAUAUCGAUGGUAAAGAGAAACAAUUCCAGCUGCAGAUCGACAUUUACAUACCUGUUUUUACUUUGCUACAAUUUUUCUUUUUCAUGGGCUUGUUAAAGGUAGCGGAACAAUUAAUUAAUCCUUUUGGCGAUGACGACGAAGAUUUCGAAUUGAAUUGGAUAAUUGAUAGGCAUACAAAAGUAUCAUACCUUGGAGUAGAUACCCUUAUGAAUCGUUGUCCUCCAUUGGUCAAAGAUAUUUACUAUGACGCUGAAAAUCUAAUUUUACCAUACACUGAAGCAGCGGCUGCUUACAAAAAGAAAACUUAUCGCGGUAGUGUGGCACACAUGACAGUUCCCGAGGAAAAGCAAACUAUGUUUCUACCAGAUGUUAUAGAAGAGGACGAAGAGGAUGUAAAACCGUCACAUCACACAUCAACGAUGAGUUUAGCUACUCAUCCUAACGACAGCCCAACGUGUGAAAGGCGCCAGAUCAGCCCGCGCCCUGAAACACCUACGAAAAUUGAUCAAACUUGUCCUGAGACAAUUUUACAGUUUGAUAUUCAGGAACCAUCGGUUCACACCGACCAAAUAGAACAAAGAGCGAAAAAUAUAACAGACACUAUAAAGAAAUUUUCAUCUUUAGGAAAGUAUUCGUUGCCACGAAUUGAUUCAAACCGAAAGCCAUUUUUCACAAUAACAAAAAGCCCUAAGUUGGUUAUACAACCUUGGCCGAGUACGUCCAAUUUAUCAAUACCUUCGAGACAAAUCAUAGACACACCUUGCGUCUACACGGAUAAUCUAAAUCCAUGGAGAGACUAUAGUCCAAAAGUUGCACUACCAUACUCGUUUGAUGUUGGUGGUUCGGAACAUUCCCCGGAAGAGGAAGGGCAAUACGACUUCGAAAGUGUACAUCCAUCAGACGAUACUGCUAUAAACCCAAGUGACAGUCCUUGUUCAGAUACAUGCCAAUUACAGUGCCAACAUUACGGUACUUCUUAUUUAACGCUGCCAGAAACACCUUUGUCAAUCCCGUCGAAAGCAACGACACCGAAAAACAGAAGCCCCAAGUUUCUUGUAAGAAGACAUAAAUCAAUGGGGACAGGUAGAAAGAAAGGUAUUCAAUGGAAACAGGUCGUGAAAACUACUAAGAAAAAUACACCAGAUGAUAUGCCGAAAACCGAACGAAGCUUAUCUCGUUCGAGGGGCUCGCCAAAUUUUAAAUUAAAAGAAACAUCACCAAAUACAAAUAAAGACGAUAUAUCUGAUACAGAUGCUUCGGGCGAAGAAGGAUGAGUCUAAAGAUUAUAAUUACACAACUAUGUGAUAACUAUUAAGGAAUAUAAAAUAACGCAUUGUAUAAAAGUAUUUAUCAGUAUAAAAUGG